CGAGAAUACAAAACAAAUGCGUGGAAAGGAAAAAAAAUAUACAGAGCGAAAGUGAGACAUUGGGGGGAGAGGGAUUGGUGGAGGGGGAGAAUUAGAGAGAGAAAGUGAGAUUAGAGAGAGAGAGAGAGAGAUUUUUCUCCCGACCCGUUUCUAUUCCUCGAAAGCUUCGAGGGUAGAGAGAGAAAGGGAGGAAAAGGAAAACCUAAAAAUUAUUCUCUCUUUUUCUUCAAAAUUUUCUCUGGAAUCUUUGGUUUUCGAAUAGAAUUAGACGAUCUGAGCUAGGGUUUCGAUUCUCAACUGUAUAAUCUUCGGGGUGGGGUUGGAAUUAUUGGGUGUUUCGACAUGAUCAGGAAUGUGAACUGUUCGCAAUUCUAGCUCCGAUCUCUGUUGUAGGAUUCGAAUCGAAGGUUUCGAGGGAUGGAUGUGGAUUCGUCAAUGGUGCCGGAGACUGAUCACGAUCCGGCGGUGCAGGACCUCAGCGCUACGCCUCCGGCGGCGUCGAUGGAGCGGGAGCAGCUGGGGGAGCAGGGUCCGGGAGGUGGGGGGUCUCCCGCGCAGCCGCCACCGCAGACGCAGCAGCAGCAGCAGCAGCAGCCGACUGCUGGGCAGGUGCAGCAACAGAGCCCGGUGGCAGGGCCGAGGCAUGCCCCGACGUACUCGGUGGUGAACGCGAUUAUAGAGAAGAAGGAGGAUGGGCCGGGGCCUAGGUGUGGCCACACCUUGACGGCAGUGGCGGCAGUUGGGGAGGAAGGGACACCGGGGUACAUUGGACCGAGGCUGAUUUUAUUCGGUGGUGCAACUGCUCUUGAGGGCAAUUCUGCAGCCUCAGGGACUCCAUCGUCAGCGGGAAGUGCUGGCAUUCGACUAGCAGGUGCCACUGCUGAUGUGCACUGUUAUGAUGUGCUGACAAAUAAAUGGUCGAGGAUCACUCCUUUUGGAGAACCACCCACACCAAGGGCAGCACAUGUAGCAACUGCUGUGGGAACUAUGGUUGUCAUUCAGGGUGGGAUUGGUCCAGCUGGUUUGUCAGCAGAGGAUCUCCAUGUGCUUGACCUUACACAACAACGGCCACGAUGGCAUAGGGUGGUUGUUCAAGGCCCUGGACCUGGGCCUCGUUAUGGACAUGUUAUGGCGUUGGUGGGGCAGAGAUAUCUCAUGGCUAUUGGGGGUAAUGAUGGAAAACGGCCUUUAGCUGAUGUUUGGGCUUUGGACACAGCUGCCAAGCCUUAUGAAUGGCGGAAGUUGGAACCAGAAGGCGAAGGUCCACCUCCUUGUAUGUAUGCAACAGCAAGUGCACGCUCUGAUGGUCUUCUUUUGCUUUGUGGAGGGAGGGAUGCAAACAGUGUGCCACUUGCAAGUGCAUAUGGACUUGCCAAACAUAGGGAUGGUCGUUGGGAAUGGGCAAUUGCCCCUGGUGUCUCUCCAUCUCCCAGAUACCAACAUGCAGCGGUUUUUGUUAAUGCACGUCUCCAUGUCUCUGGAGGGGCACUUGGUGGCGGACGCAUGGUGGAAGACUCAUCAAGUGUUGCAGUGUUGGAUACUGCAGCAGGAGUUUGGUGCGACACUAAGUCUGUUGUAACUAGUCCUAGGACAGGCAGAUACAGUGCUGAUGCUGCUGGUGGAGAUGCUGCAGUUGAGUUGACAAGACGGUGCAGGCAUGCAGCUGCUGCAGUUGGUGACUUGAUCUUUAUAUAUGGUGGUCUACGUGGUGGGGUCUUGCUUGAUGACUUACUUGUGGCUGAAGACUUGGCUGCUGCUGAGACGACUAGUGCAGCUUCACAUGCAGCGGCUGCAGCUGCUGCAGCUAAUGUGCAAUCAGGGAGAUUACCUGGACGAUAUGCAUUUGUAGAUGAAAGAACAAGACAGUCAAUUCCUGAUGCAGUUUCUGAUGGUGCGGUUGUGUUGGGAAAUCCUGUUGCUCCUCCUAUAAAUGGUGAUAUGUAUACUGAUAUAAGUACCGAAAAUGCCAUGCUCCAGGGAUCCCGAAGACUGAGCAAAGGUGUCGAGUACUUGGUUGAAGCCUCAGCAGCAGAAGCCGAGGCUAUUACUGCUACAUUGGCUGCUGCCAAAGCACGACAAGUUAAUGGAGAAGUUGAACUGCCAGACAGAGAUCGUGGGGCUGAGGCUACCCCAAGUGGGAAACAAAUAUCAUCUUUAAUUAAAAUACCUGAUUCUUCUGGGUCAAAUAACAUUGCUUCAGCUGGAGUUCGGUUGCAUCACAGGGCUGUCGUAGUAGCUGCAGAAACUGGGGGAGCUUUAGGCGGCAUGGUCAGGCAGCUUUCAAUUGACCAGUUUGAAAAUGAAGGCCGUCGGGUCAGCUAUGGGACCCCAGAAAGUGCAACUGCAGCAAGGAAGCUAUUAGAUCGGCAAAUGUCCAUCAAUAGCGUGCCCAAAAAGGUGAUAGCACAUCUUUUGAAGCCUCGUGGCUGGAAGCCUCCAGUUCGUCGGCAAUUUUUCUUAGACUGCAAUGAGAUAGCUGAUCUUUGUGACAAUGCUGAGCGCAUAUUUUCAUGUGAACCAAGUGUUCUACAGAUUAAGGCUCCUGUGAAGAUUUUUGGCGACUUACAUGGGCAAUUUGGGGAUCUCAUGCGCCUUUUUGAUGAGUAUGGUUCACCUUCAACAGCUGGGGACAUUGCAUAUAUCGAUUAUCUCUUCUUAGGAGAUUAUGUUGACCGUGGACAGCACAGUCUGGAAACUAUAACUCUUCUCCUUGCAUUGAAGGUUGAAUAUCCCAACAAUGUGCAUUUAAUUCGUGGGAACCAUGAAGCUGCAGAUAUUAAUGCUCUCUUUGGAUUUCGGAUCGAAUGCAUUGAGCGCAUGGGCGAGAGAGAUGGAAUCUGGGCGUGGCAUCGGAUAAAUCGAUUGUUCAAUUGGCUUCCCCUUGCAGCUCUAAUUGAAAAGAAAAUCAUUUGUAUGCAUGGUGGUAUUGGUCGGUCAAUAAAUCAUGUGGAACAGAUUGAGAAUAUUCAGCGCCCUAUUACAAUGGAAGCAGGCUCAAUUGUUCUUAUGGAUUUAUUGUGGUCUGAUCCAACAGAAAAUGAUAGUGUGGAGGGACUGCGACCAAAUGCUAGGGGACCGGGGUUGGUUACUUUUGGGCCUGAUCGCGUCAUGGAGUUCUGCAACAACAAUGAUCUCCAAUUGAUUGUUCGUGCUCAUGAAUGUGUGAUGGAUGGGUUUGAGCGUUUUGCACAGGGGCAUUUGAUCACUCUUUUCUCAGCCACCAAUUACUGUGGUACUGCAAAUAAUGCAGGAGCAAUCUUAGUUCUGGGUAGAGACCUUGUUGUCGUCCCAAAACUUAUUCAUCCAUUACCCCCAGCAAUUUCAUCACCAGAAGCUUCACCAGAACGUCAUAUAGAAGAUACAUGGAUGCAGGAGCUCAAUGCUAACAGACCACCAACACCAACUAGAGGCCGCCCUCAAGUUGCAAAUGAUCGGGGUUCUCUUGCUUGGAUUUAAUACAUACAUUGAGAUUGUUUUGUCUGUUCUCAUUCCUGGCUCAUGCCACCAACCAGAAUUUCUGUUCUGUAUAGAGCAUGAUGCCAUGUACACGACUUCCUGAAACUUGUGGUCUUUGUUCCCGAUGGUGGUGUGAAGGCUUCCUGGACACUCCGUUUUUUGCCAAUCAAUCAGUAGGCCCUGAAGCAGUGAAGAUGAGAGUUCAAAAAGGAUGUUGCAGGCGGCAGUUUAGUUGACUUCAUUUGAUGUGCUAAAAGUUGGCAGUUCGGGAAACCCCAAAAGAUGCCUUUGUACAUUGAGCCACGGGCAGGUAGAAGUUACAGUUUGGUUGUUUCUUCCAUCGGGUUGGUAGUGCUGGGUAUUUUUCUCAUUAGUUGAAUAUAUUUUUUAUUCCUCCUGUUAGGUUAUUAUUUUUCUUUUAAGGAGACAUGAGGUCUCUAUAUGUGAUGGUGAGGAAAAAAAAUAUAUAUAUACAUACAUAUAAUGUUGAAAUCUUUGUGGGCUGCAAUGUAUCAUAGAAGUGUUGCUUUCUGUAAUUUUUAUUUCUGCCCUGUACAAUGUAACUUUUUUGUGUGAAGGCAAGGAACUCUUUUCCUCUU